CACGAAAUGGAGCCCCGACGCGACGGCUCGUGAUUUGGCCCCAAAAAUUUUCUGGAUCAACAGACUGACAUUCUUUUGCGCCUUGGAAACCCAAAUACAACCCACCCAACCCAUUCGCUUCCCCCAAUCGCAACAAUUUCGGCCAUAUACGCCGCGACAGAUUCAACUCUUAUACUUUUAAAUCUCGAUCUCUCAACUUCACCUCGGUAAACGCGCAAAAAUGUCCGACUUUGGCGGCGAUGAUGACAUGGGAGGUGGUGGCGGCUACCACGAGGAAGCCGCCUUCGAUGAUGUAGAGCCCGAAGAAAUCUUUGACGAGGAAGUCCCACUCGAUGACGAUGAGGAAAACGAAGACGCCAACGUGGUCGUUUCGGGUGACCCCAACGCGGCCGCCCGCGCCACCGGUCAGAAGUUGUCGCACAAGGACAAGAAAAUCCCCAACGACAAACGGACGACGACCCCCUUCAUGACAAAGUACGAGAAGGCGCGCAUUCUGGGAACGAGAGCAUUGCAAAUCAGCAUGAACGCUCCUGUUUUGGUCGAUCUUGAGGGCGAGACGGAUCCACUUCAGAUUGCCAUAAAAGAGCUGGCCGAGAAAAAGAUUCCCCUGAUAAUCCGGCGCUACAUGCCCGACGGAUACUACGAGGACUGGACGUGCGAGGAGCUACUCCAAUGAACUCUCUCUCUUUUUUUUUUAAUCUUAUUGUGGGGUACGUUUGCAACUGGUGUUACGGUUUUGGGAGAACACGACGAUUUCGCGCUGUCGAAGCACCAAAGUAACGUAACGGCCCGUCUUGGUUUGUUAGUUGUUGUUCAAACCGCAACUUUCUGCUCUUGAGUGGCAAACAGGUGGACAAGGUUGAGAUUGCAUUUAGCGUUGGCGUUUCUGGAUUGAGAAGACUCACACUCACACUCACACUCACAAUCAUACAUUCUCUCUCUCUUUAUACAUCUCUUUCUGAAGGUUUAUCUACACUGGCGGAUCAUCGAAAACAAUGCUUAUUUCAUCUUACCUUGGUUUCAUCUAUUUUGACUGUUACCCUCGACUAAGCUAAUGCCUGUGUCUCACGAUUAGUCAGAAAGGCUCACGGUUAACGUAAUAGCGAACGUCAAGCUAGUUGUUCUUGUGAAAAAACCAGUUGUCGAAACACCUGCCAUCCUCAUAAUCUAUGUCAAAUGACGCCCAGAUGGGAGCAUGUCCUAAGUAUAAACUACAGAUAUGUUUUUCUAACUUGCCUCCUACGCUUUUUAUACGAGAAUCUGCGCGUAGG